GAGAUAGUCAAUAAGAAGUUAUAUCAAAAGAAUAUAAUUUUCCCAAAAAUAUAAACCCUAAAUCCAAUUUCUCAACAAUUGGGAUGAACCCUUGAAAGCAGGUAUAGAUAUGCAGCAAUGGUCUGAUCCGAAUGCAUCCUAAAGUUGUGAGCUUCAAUUUUUAAAAAUGGCAGCUGAGUCCUGUGUUGCGAAUGCAAAAUAUACAUAUAUACAUGACAAUCAUAAGGGAUCACUAGAAACCCUCGAUUCACACCAUGUUGUUGUUCGAAAAAGCAGUGCCAAGGCAUUCAUUGUAUACCUCUCUGCUCUUCUUCUCACAACAACUGCCUUCUCUCUCUUUCUCCUACAGGAUGGAUCAAUUCAUGUACUUCUUUGGAGCUUAUUUUUAAGUGCAUUCCUUGUCAAACAAUUUAUUUGGAAGCCUGUUGAGAAAGAGUCCAUCAUAAUCAUGCCAGCUUUUGGAGUCCAGCUUGAAACUCACUACAGCAGUGGGAGAAUAAUCCACCACUUCAUUCCCAUUGCAAAGAUUUUGAAACCUGUCCUGAAUGAAUGUGUGACCCCAGUCACUUGUUAUUGGAACUUGUCUCUGAUUGUACGUGAGGAAGAAGAACUCGUGUUAGUUUUCAAGGAACUUCACCCACCAGUGAAAAUGUUAAUCCCAAUUUGGAAGGCGUUAUGUGCUGCCACUGACAACCCGGUCACUGAAGUUCCAAGUAGAUAAAAUAAUCAAUGGUGUUGAACUGUUUCGAAUAAAGAGCUAUGAUGCACCACAAUCUACCUUCUCGGACAGUUCCUGGUCAAUGGUACCUGAUAUAAUAUAACAUCAUUAUGAGAUUGGCAACUGUGCUAAAUUUUGUUCCCUCAACUCAGUGUUUUGUACAUGAUUGAAUUGAUAUACAUUUCAUAUUCUGUAAACGGAAGAUGGGAAAUUUUAAGAAAUUGAUUUUACCAA